CACUGAAAGGCAAGGACUGACUGGGCUCUCCACCAACUGAGCCCUUGCAGAAAACUGUCUUUGAAGAUCACCCGUGUCCUUCAUUGGAAGGCAAAAAAGUAUUGUGUGUGGCGCUGAGACCUUCACUGCAGCAGAGAUUCUCCCUCCCUGGACUUGGUCCAGGGAGGGGGAACAAAGCAGAUGCAGAGUCUAGAGGUGAGCUGAGACACAGUCACUGUUCAACUUCUCCACCCACAACAUCCUUCACAAUGGAUUCUGGAUUCCCGAAGAGAGAGGUCCUAGCUCGUCCUCUAUGGCCAAUCAAAGAGGCUGAGAAGCCUAAGCGUCCGACCGUCUUUGACUUCAGGGAGGUGGGUUGCAGGUACAGGAAGUUGGACAACCCUCAGGAGACAAAGCUGCCCAAGACUGUCCAGCGCCUAGGCAAGAGUGCAAACUCCAAUAACAAGCUCUUGUCACUUGCCUGGGCCAAUACCUUGCUUGAGCCUCGCCCAUCCGAGGUGGUGUUUCGGAACUAUGUCCUUGGCAAGGUCUGUGAAAUGCCCCUGCUUCUGAGGAACAGAGACAAGGUUACUCAGCUGGUGAAGGUCACUAUGGACAGCUCACCUUAUUUCAAGUUGGUCAGCCCUGAUGGUGUGUGUCAUCAGGUGCCACCAGGAUCAUUUUGUACAAUAAACAUCCUUUUCACCCCUGAGGGAAGCAAGGAUCAUUCCCACCAGCUUCUCUGCACCACCGAAAGGGAAACGCUCACUGUGCCAAUCCGGGCCAUUGGUGCCCACCCAGUCUUGGACUUCCCUGACCAGCUGGACUUCUCAGAGUGCCCAGUGAACUACAGCACCCAGAAGACUCUGCUGGUUCGCAACAUCGGUAACCUGGAAGCCCAUUACAGCCUCAGCACUGAGAGCCCUUUCACUGUCAGUCCGGCCACGGGAACCCUCGAUGUUGGUGAAGCCAUGCAAGUGACAGUGGAAUAUCACCCGCUGGAGACCGGGGAUCAUUCCAGACCCCUGGUGGUGCACUGCGACAGAGGUCAAGAUACCCACACCAGACUUGUUGGAGAAUCUGUGGACCUCAACAUCGGGCUGGGCAACUAUUCUUUGAAAUUUGACAAGGCUUAUCUCACACUGUCAAGCCACAAAACCAUGGUCAUCCACAACAGAAGUGACAUCACAGCCCAAUUCCAAUGGAAGGCUUUUGCUACUGAGGGAGAGGAGUAUCACCAGAAGAUCAGGCUGUCUCACAGCCUGUCCCGGCCGCCCCAGGACAUAGCGAAGGAUUUGAUGAUGGAACGCCAUGAGGAGGUUCGCCUUUACUACCGCGAGCUCGAGAAUGAGACAGCAAAGAUUCAAGCAGACCCCCUGCUGUUCUCAGACGACGUUUUCACCAUUGAGCCCUUGGAGGGAGAGGUUGGUCCGCACAGUUCAGCGGAAAUCAAGGUGUUCUUUAAACCCCGUGAAGCCCUAGUCUAUGAAAGACUGGCCUACUGUGCCAUCGCAGGCCGUGAGAGCAGGCUGCCCCUGCGCCUCACAGGGGAAGGCCUCGGACCCUGCCUCCAACUCAACUUUGAGGAAAUAAACAUGGGGAAACUUUUUGUUGGAGAAGCCUACAGCUAUGAGCUACUCCUGGUUAACAAAGGAGCUAUUGACGCUCCCUUCGAGCUCAUCCCUUCAACCACAGCCCAGGGCUCCUGCUUCACCUUUCUGCCCCGGCAGGGCAUCAUUCCACCAAAUGGGCUCCAGCCCAUCCAGAUCUCCUUCAGUUCCACCACCCUGGGGGAGUUCUAUGAAGAAUUCCAUUUUAAUGUGACUGCAUCCCCUAAGCCUGUGACCUUGACUAUCAGGGGCCAGGUCACCGGACUGAGCCUGCAUUUCAGCACAGGAGCCCUUGACUUCAAUGACGUCUCCUUUGGCUUUCCUCACACCUUGUCGUGCCGCCUGAUCAACACCUCCGUGGUGCCCGUCACCUUCCACCUUCGCAUUCCUGAGGACGGCCAGGGACAGCCCAGCCUUACCAGCUUUGAUCAAGUGAAAGACAACGCUCACCCAUCCUGGGGAAAAGGCACACUGGCUCAACGUCAUGAGAAACCAAAGGAAUUUACCAUAACACCCAUCACAGGAACCAUCUCCUCCCAGAGAUUCCAGGAGAUCAGGGUCACGCUGUGUUCCAAUGAUGUGAGACAAUAUGACUGUGAUAUGGUGGUGGAUGUGGACGGUUUUGGCAAGGCGGUGUUGGCUCUGCGUCUCAAAGCCAGAUGUGUCGUUCCUGAGCUGUGUUUGCUCAACUCCAGCCUCAACUGUGGACAGUGCUCUGUAAAGGAGCCUUGUGAGCAGAAGCUGACCCUUGUGAACCCUAGCCCUCUUCCAGGAUGCUACAGAGUUCUUCCUCAGAGACACCAAGAGGCUGCUGCUCUGUGGUACUCCUGCCCCAAGCCGUGUGGGAUCAUCCAGGGUCACGACGUGCUGGAGAUCCCAAUCACAGUUGAAGUCCAGGCGGUGGGUGCUCAUUCUACCGUGGCAGACAUCGCCGUGUUCGGGAAGGAAGGACACCCACUGCAAAUGCAUUUGAUGUGCACUGGAAAGGCACCGCUUGUCUAUGCAAGUGUGAAUCAGAUAAACUUCGGCAAGAUCCGAGUGAUACAGGACACUUCCCAAACUCUCCAGCUGUGCAAUCUGGGUAUUGUCCCUGCAGCCUUCAGAGCAGAGAUCGGUGGCAAGUGCUGGAGAAUUGACCCCAGGGAAGGAGUGGUCCCUGCCAAGGCUGAGGUUUCUGUGGUUGUCACGGCAAACCUGGAUGACACAGGAAGAUUCGAGGACAGCAUGAGGCUGUUCAUUGAGAACAGCCUUACCAGCGUCAUCCCCAUCCAGGCUGUGGGCAUUGGCACCACGAUUGCCAUUGACAAACCAUUUGCUCCAGAGCUCAAGCUGGAACCCCAGUUCAACCUCGUUCCCUGCAUUUUCCGGUUCAACGUAACCAACAAGGGACAGCAGUUCCAGCGGCUGUACUGGGGCACAGAAGGUUUCAGCACCUUUCGACAGCGUCAUCCCCUCCCUGCCCUCAGUGUCCCCAAGGGCAAAAAUGCUUCCCAGAGCCCCAAAUCUGCCACCCCCAUAUUUAAGCUGCGGCCACGGAGUAUGUAUCUACAGCCAGGCGAGACUAUGGAGCUGGUGGUGGAAGGCUUCUCCAGCACUGUCCAGGAGGUGGAGGAGAAGCUGGUGUGUCACGCAGCUGUGGGGUCAGAGAUCACAAUGAAAGAGAUAAUAAAGACAAAGGUCACCUGCAAGUUCAUUUCUCCCGUCGUGCAAAUAUCAUCCAGAGCAAUCACUUUCCGUGUGGAGAAGCACCCCGAUGAUGUCCUGACUCUUCAGUACAAGCCUCUGUCUGUAAAAAACACCUGCUGCCUGCCAUUCAGCCUUUUGCUGGACUUGGAGCAGCCGUUCCUAAUCUGUGAUGCGGACCAGCAGCCCCUCCCUGCAAAAGCCAAGCCUGUGAAGAUGGAGGCAGGGGAGGAACUUCAUCUCUACGUUGGCUUUAACCCAGCUCAUAAAAAGGAUCUGAUCAGCUGGGUAACAGAGAGGACUGUGAAGAUCCGCUUUGUGGAACAUCCUCAUGAGGAGGGGAUCGCCGUUCGGGGAGAAGUCUACUUCCCGAAUCUCCGUAUCCCGACCAAAGCACUGGACUUUGGUUGCAUCGAGACUGGCACAGAACAUGUGUGUUACCUGGAGAUGACCAACUGCAGCCCAAUUCCUGCCCGCUACCGCUGGUCAUUCCAGAUGGACAGCGUGGAGUACCCGACAGGGUUCAUCCCUGCCCCACCAUCGAAACCCCAACCACAAAUGGCCAGGUUCGGCUGUGUUGAGUGUGGGCGUUAUUCAAGGAGAUACUUCAGAGCUGGAAGUGUGCAGGAGCCAGCCAAAGCCCCGGAAGCAGCACAGGGCUCUUCCCAAAAUUCAUCCCAUUCAGAGAACUGCCUGGAAACAGAGGAGGAUUCUUCUGAAGAGUCAUCAGAUUCAGAGGACUCCCUGGAAACAGAGGACGAUUCUUCUGAACAGUCAUCAGAUUCAGAGGACUUCCUGGAAACAAAGCAGGGUUCUUCUGAGCAGUCAUCAGAUUCAGAGGAUUCCCUGGAAACAGAGGACGAUUCUUCUGAAGAGUCAUCAGAUUCAGAGGACUCCCCGGAAGCAAAGGUGCCACCAUACACUGUUGAAGAGCCUCGGAGCUCAGUGGAGACGAAGGGAUCUGGGCAGUCUGUGGAGACAAAGCCCCGUGGCUACAGAGUGGAAGAGGUUUUCGAUGUCCAGCCGGUGUCUGGUGUGCUGCAGCCGGGCAAGAGCCAGCAGGUGCCCUUCACCUUCUUUGGCCAUGCCAACAUCGUCGCCCGUGUCACGGCGCUGUGCCAUGUGGAGGGAGGCCCGACCUACCAGGUGGAGCUGAAGGGGGAGACUUCGGUCCUCACCUACCAGCUGAGCGUCGAGGAGAUUGACUUCGGCCUGCAGCUCUUUAAUGAAGUCAUCAAAGCAGAGGUCACCCUGCAGAACAAGGGGAAGAUCGGAUUCACCUACGUGGUACAGAGCCCCAGCACUGGCACUGCAGACAACCCUCUGCCUGGUGUGCUCAUGGUCCUGCCCAACACAGCUUACAUUGAACCUGGCGAGGAGCAAGUGCUGAAGCUCCAUUACCUGCCAGGAGUGCCAGGAGUCUUCUGCAGGACUUUCCAGGUUCAAGUGGGUCACCUGGGACCGGCAGAAAUCUCCCUGAAGGGAGAGGCAGUCUUUGCCGGGAUCUGUAUGAACCUGCCCUGGAGCAUCAAAGGAAGUAAAAAAUACGAGGAGCUAUUGAAACAGGUGAAAGAAAAGCUGAAAAAAGACAAGCGGAACAAGAAAGCAAGUAUUUGGAGGAAGCUUCCAAUCAAGAAGCGACACGUGAAGGGCCCUGGCAUUGUGUCCAACACUUGGCUGCGGAUGGAGAUGGAGCAGAUGCUGAUAAAGGAAGAUGCUCUGGAGCAAUCCCAAAUUCUCAUCUCCCGCCCCCCAGAGGACACUAUCUUUGACAAGCACAUUCCUCAGAAGCUUGUCCAAGUUAAGCUGCCCGAGUACAUCCUGGACAUGGGCACUGUCGUUCAGGGCUGCAGUCGAACCUGCACUGUGCAGAUCACCAACACCUGGAGGUUCCCAGUGGCCGUCCAGGCCAACGAACGUGCCCUGCGUGACACAGGUUUCAGCAUACACCUGGAGCCCGUGAAGUUCCUGGUCUAUGGCGCCAGCAGACUGUUUCAAGUGAACUUUGAAAGUGCCAACCUUCCAGUGGGAGAGGUGGAUGUGCUCCUGCCCAUCAAGGUAGAGAAGGGCCCCACGCUACACAUCCGCCUCCGUGCCACUGUGGUUCAGCUGUUGCUCAGCGUCUCCAGGGACAGAAUCCAGUUCCCCAGUGUCCAGGUUGGGCAGAGCCGGUAUGAAAUAGUCCGGCUCUACAACCGGUUUGACGCGCCCUGUGAAUGGUCCAUCACUGUCAACAAACCUGCCAAGAAGGUGGACAAACGUUUGACACCGGCCAUGUGUCAGAAGGAGCUCCAGGCUGGGAAGGAUGAUUCCCGUGUCUUUCAGUGGAAGGCCCGUGAGGGAACCCUUUAUGGUAGAGAGUGGUGUGACCUGCAGAUCCAGUUUUCACCCCAGGAAGAGAAAUCCUACAAAACCGAGCUGAAGAUCAACAUUCGUGGCAACAGCCAGCUCCUCGUGCUGCACAUCUCAGGACAGGGUCUCGAGCCACGGCUGGAGUUCAGCCCCGCAGAGAUCAAUCUGGGAGCGCUGCUGCCGUGCAGCCCUGAGCUGGAGAGGACAGUGGUGGUGAAGAACCCCUGCGAGUUCCCCAUUGAAUUUUACUCACUGGAGUUUGAUGAGGAGUACCGUGAGGAGGAGAAGAUCCUGCGCACGCUGGAGGAGUUUGAAGACCAGACAGCCGUGUUGAUACCUCCACGCGCUGUGGGUGAGAAGCUGCCCCCAGAGGUGCUGGAAUACUAUGAAAAAUGGAAGAUGGAGGCUCUGGGUCAAGAGAUUAUAUCCAAGCGCAAGGAAGAAUCAGGCCAGGACAAUGCAGCGCUUAAAGGGAGCAUCAAGUUGUUGAAGGACAUGGUGGACAAGUGUGAGCGCCCCAUCGAUCAGGCCAUCAGGCGCUACCUCAACACCAAUCCCUUUAUAGAAGAGCUCGGAGCCCAAAAGCCCAGAGGGAUUGCCAUCAUCGUCUAUGGGACACCCCGGACAGGAAAGACAAGGGCGGCAGCCGCCCUGUCCAAGUAUUACGGUGCCGCCCGCUUGUCCCUCGACCAGAUGGUGGUAAAAGCCAUGUCGGACAAGCGCAGCUCGGCCGGGCGCCGUGCCUGGCACCUGUGCGUGGAGGCUACCCACCAGCAAAGAGCCACGAGGAAACAGAUGCUGGGUAAAAAGGAUGCUCAGGCCAAGAAAACCCAGGCCAGCUCUGGGGACAAAGACAGCCAGAAGACCCUCAGUGCCAGACACCAGAGCACUUCAGCAGUCAAGGAUAAGGUAUCCAGCAAAUCUCAGGCAAGAUUUUCAGUGACCUCCAAGGGGAAACAUGCUGUCAGCCUGCACUGCAGAGUUGUCCAGAUGCGAGCCCAGCUGUGGGAAUUGUCCAGAGCUUUCUGCAGGGCUUUAUUUUUCUUACCAUGUUCCACAUUGCAGAUCGCAAGUGUUUCCUGCGCCGCUGCUCCUGCACCACAGCAACUGACCCUCCUCACCAGGAGGGGGAAAAAGGAGAAAAAGCGGAAGUGUUGGAGCUGUGUGCUGCCCGAGGAAUUGCUGGUGGAAAUCAUCUCUGAACGGCUGCAGCGGAGGGACUGCUACAAGGGAGUGGUGUUUGAUGGCCUGGAGACCCUCUUUGCGAGCAGCCUGGCAUCUUCUCUCCUGUGUGUGCUCAAAGCUGUCAGCAAUCGGUCUCAUAUCUACGCUGUGAACAUCUUCCAGGAUUCUGAGUUUUGGAAAGGCAGGCAGACAGCUGCAAGAGAGAGGAGAGCAGCUAAAAAAGAGCAGAAAGCACGGGAGAAGGCAGAAGCUGCCCGGAGAGAGGAGGAACGUCUCUGGGAUGUGGAUGUGGAUGAGUACAACGCCCUCCCUGAGAAGGAGAAAGCUCUGCUUGAUUACAAAAUAGAACAAAUCAAGCGUGAGCGGCGUGAGAGAAGGGAGCUGGAGCGGCUGGCUCGGGAGCGUGAGGCGUCACAAGCCUCAAAGAAGCAAAACAAGCUGCAGAAGAAGAAGACUGGCCACUCGGUGAGGUUUAAGCUACCCGCAAAAGAACAGCAGCAGGAAACCAAAAGCCCAGAGGUCCAGAGUAAGCGCAAAACAACAUCAGCAAAACAAAAGCAGCGAGAAACCAAAAGCCCAGAGAUCCCAAGUAAGCCCAAAAAACCAGCAGCAAAACAAGAGCAGCAGGAAACCAAAAUCCCAGAGGUCCCGAGUAAGCGUGAGAGGAUCUUGGACCUGAGGUUUAACAUCUAUGAGUCUUCACAGAAGAACAUCAAACAUAUUCUGUCAUCCUGGGACAGGGUUCAGGGUAUCAUGAACCAGGUGCGAGACAAGUCCCAGUCUUCCCCUAAACACAAAGACGAGAAGAAGAACAGUAAGUCUCCGGAGAAGCCAGAGAAGAAGCCUCUGGAAAAACAUGGUGGCUGCAAGAGCCUUCAUCAGGAAGGGGAAGUUGCAGAAGGCUCAGUCGGAAGCCAGGACGUGGGAGUGCCCUGCUGGGACUUCCACAUCACACGUCGUGAAAAGGUGUUUAAGAGGAUCCUGAAGAGCAAGAAGCUGCCACCAGCAAAGCAGAUCCUGGACUCUCUGGGACUGGGUCCCUUAGGGCCUCCCAUUCCCCCUGGAAUUCUUUUCUCCGUGCUCUCCUACCCAAAGGAGGACAGAGUCCCUGCAGCAGCAGAAGACCUCAGACCCUUCAUCCUUGUUGAACCUGAAGGUGCUGCUGCAGAAGAUGAUGUGGCCCCAGAGGCAAAGGCACAGGACAACUUGAAGGAGGGGAGUGCCAGGAGCAGCACCCAGGAAAAGCAGAGCUCCACCCAGAGCACAAAAAGUCUGCAGGAUCACUCCCCAGAAACACCCAGAAGUUCACCUGAGUCAAGGAAAAGCCAUCUGCAGAGUGACUCAACCCUCGAGAGACCUGCCAGGCUGAGAAGAUUCCGGUGGAUAGUUCCUGCCCACGGUGAGGUGGAACUGAAGAUCCGCUUCAGUGCCACAGUGCCAGGGCAGUUUGACCAGAUGAUGAAUUUUGAGAUCCUGGGGUCAAAGCGCCUGUACCAGUUGCCCUGCAGUGCCACUGCCCUGUACCCCAGCAUCAGCCAGAACCCACGGCUGGUGUUUCCUCACUGGAGGAAGAGCAAAAAGGAGGAGGACAUCAUCUUCAAGGAGUAUGUCAUGAGCACAAAGCAGUUCCACUUUGGACCUCUGCUUUGUGGGAAGUCAAGAGAGUGGUACAAGUCCCAGAACUGCCCCGCCAACAGCGAAAAGUUAACCAUCUUCAAUGACUUCCCCAUGGAGGCAGAGGUGCAUUUCUCCUUUGAGAAGGACAGCAAAGGAGAGACAUUCCUUUUGGACCCUCCCAGUAUGAUGCUGAAACCCAAAGAGAAAAAGAAGCUGAGUAUUUGGGCAUACCCGACUUCCGCUGGCCUCCUGGAAGACAGUCUCAUCUGCUGCAUCAAGGACAACCCGGAGCCAGUGGUCUUCCGACUGUGCUGCGAAGGGGUGCACGUGAAGCUGGGGGUCAGCCCCCAGGAGCUGCGUUUCAACAGGCUGCUUCUGCACAGGACUGACACCCAGACCCUGGUCCUGAAAAACGACAGCCCACUGCCCAUGGCAUGGCAUCUCAGUGGGCUGGAUGACCUCGGAGAUGACUUCUCUGUGUCACAAGGCAGGGGCAUCGUUGGCCCCCACACGGACUUUGAAGUGAAGCUGAAUUUCAAGGCCGAGAAGAUUGGCAUCAUUAAUAAGAUGAUCCGACUAGAGGUUUCAGACACAGAAAACAUCCUGGGGAUUGUUCACGCUGAAACUAUCAAAGUCUCUGUGGAGGUCUAUGAUGUUAAUCUGAGCAUCAACAUGCCUGAAGGUCCAGAUGGUAGCUUGGAAUUUGGAACCAUUAAUGUCCUGGAUAAUAAGAAGGAAGUCCUGAGUCUGAAGAACCAAGGCUUAUAUGACACUGAGUACAGUUUCAAGCUGAGAACUGGAAAUGCCAAGAUGAGCAAUUUGGAAUCUCACUUCACUGUCCGGCCGCAGAGGGGUUUGCUGAAAGCCUCCAAGCCACCUGUGAAAGUUGAGGUUCUCUUCCACCCUACAGCUGAAGUGUUUCUCAAGAGCAAACCCAUCCUGCUCUGCCAGGUCACUGAUCCCAAAUUGAGUCAAGGAGACCAGACUGUUGCCACCAUCCCACUGAGAGUGUCGGCGAGAGCUGUGUACAGCAAGUACAGCAUCGAGCCUGCCUCACCCAUCGACUUCGGUGCCAUGAUGAGGGGAACCAAGAAGACCCAGGUCUUAAUUUUGGAGAACAAAGGCGCCCUCAAUUUCAAAUUCUCCAUCCACCAAGCACCUCCACCGCAAAGUUCACGGCAAGAGGAGUCUGCCCCCUCGGUCAGGCAAAGAAAGCGCUCGAUGCAGGCUCAGCUCACUGUAGGCAUGUUCACGGUGUCCCCUUGCUCCGGCUCCAUCGGUCCUUGGGGCCAGCAGAAGAUCACAGUGGAUUGCAGCGCAGGACCAGAGGGGAAAUGUGAGGAGCAGCUGUGCAUUGACAUCAGCAACAGAGACCCCAAGGACAAUCCCCUCGGCAUUCCCUUUACCCUGACUGCCGAGUCCUGCUUCCCAGCACUUGUUGAAGACGUCUCAUCCAUCUUCGAGAAGUACCCGAUCCACAGCAAUGUCAAUCUCCGCCAGACAUUACAGUCGGUGCAAGGCAACGGUGUGUUCAUCCGAGAGGACAACAAAUUCAUCUUCACCAAAGUUCUGGUUGGGCAAGGGGCCACGGCUCACUUCAAGAUCUCUAACAGCAGCAGUGUCCCAUGUGACGUGGUCCUCUCCAUCAAAGCCCUGCCUGGAGAGCCUCACAAGCUCAUCAGCAACAUCUUCAAGUUGGAUCCUGCCGAGAUGAACAUUCCUGGCUUAUCCCAUGCCUUUGCUGCAGUGACCUUCACUCCAGAACAAAAGGAAGAGUACCAGGGCAUUUUCACAGCUUCCCUUGUUAUCCCCAAAAGCUCUGUGAAGACGAAACCCCAACAACUGACCUUCACUAUCAGUGGAGAGGGGCACGUGCCUCAGGUGACAGUGGUGUGCCCGAGCCUUCAGAGUAAGAGAGGAAACCCUGUGCUGCGCUUCAGGAGGCUCCUGCUGGGGGAUUCACAGAAACUCCCCCUGGUCCUUCGUAACAACGGUGUCGUACCCACCAAGUUUACAGUACGACUCAUGGAUGAACGGAGAGUUUUCUCCAUGAAAGGCAGGCAGUCUGCAUUCCAGGCCUUCCACAUUGGAGACGUGGAGGAGGACUCCACCGGAAAAGCCAAGAAGCAUCACAAGAAACCUUACAUGCUCCUGGAACAUGGGCAAUCAGCAGAGUUUGACGUGUUUUUCAAACCCACCCUGGCCCAACGUCUGGAAGGGAAGAUCCGUGUGGAACUGUCAGGCAACAGUGAAAUCAACAUAGAGCUGGUGGGGGAAGGCUACGAUGAUGACUUCAUCCUUGAUAACGUCACUGGAGUAGCAGAAGACAGCGAGGAGAGCAGUGUUAAGGGCAAUCUGGAGGAUGACAUCAUUGAGGCUGUCAGAGUGAAUCAUGUUGAGUUCGGGGACUGUGCAGUCGGGAGGCGCUGCGACAAGACCUUUGCAGUCACCAACCGCAGCAAGGAGGAGGUGAUGCGGUUUGAGUGGCUGGCAAGCGCCCCGUUCCAGUUCUCCCCCAAGGUGGGACACCUCCAGCCUGGCCAUGCCAAGAAUAUCAGAGUGACCUUGAAAUCCAAUGUCCCGGUCACCUUCAAAAGGCACUCUGUGAAGUGUAAGGUGGCCAAGAUCAAAUACCAGCUGCCACCAGAGGAGGUUUACGAGUGGGACGACGGAAUGCGCACGGUCCAGUGGGAGGAUACCCCCGAGAAACGCCCAGGAGCCCGCUGGCCUGUGAAGCAGAAGGUGGCCAGGGCACUCCAGGAACCAUCUCACACCGUCCUGGAAGAGAGCAGCCACGAGGUUGAGCUCAGCGCUCGGGUUGACUACACCAAGUUCAAACUGGACACGGUCGAGAUUGAAUUCAAGAAGACCGAGCUCUUCCAGACAGAGAGAAGCACUUUCUGGAUGUACAAUACAGGGAACGUAGCCCUGGAAUACUCCUGGGAGGUGACUCUGGAGGAGGAAAAACCAUCAAAGUGUUCUAAGAAGCCAUUCUCAACCACUCUGAUGAGUUAUUUCUUGUCCUCUGCUGCUGUGGAGGAGUGGUUCAAGAGUCACCCAAGACAGGUGCACUGGGCAUUGCCGCUCGAGUCAACUCAGCCCCAGUCAUCAACUCAGCCCCAGUCAAGUCCGCGCUGUUCAAAGCGGCUGCCCUGCCCUUUGAAGCGCAUUAGUUCCUCCCUGGAAUUGCUUCCAGAUGACAUCAAUGACCCACCGCUGUUCUCCAUCAAGCCCCACUGCGGUACCAUCCCUGCUGGACAGAAGCAGAUUUUCCGUGUGAAAUUCUGCCCGAUGCGCGUGGGGAAAUUUAAGGCCCAAAUACUGUGCAGUCUUUCCAACCUGAAGUCACCUCAGAAGAGCCCGUCGGUGUCUGUGAUGGGGGAAGGCUGUUUGCCGAAGGCUGAUCCAAAAUGCUCUACGCCACUGCAAAAAGGGGAAACCCAAAGCAGCAAACCCAAGAAGAGGGUGCAUUCAUCAAAACGAGAGUGACACCCUUUGUGUCAUGGCUUCUCCUGCUCAUGGUUUCCCAGUCUUCACCAGUUUUCCCCUACUCUUCAAGCCCCAACACCGACCUCUACCUCAUCUGUGUACUACAUAAUAAACUGUGUCUCAACCCA